AUGGCCUGCUCCUCUACUUCCACUCAGUAUAGUCUAAGGAGCGACUUCUCCAUCCCAACUCUCCCAUCUGUUGUAGAUCCUAUUCCAGCCAAUGUUUUCAAACUGACAUUUAAAAAUAGCAAAAAAAAUAAGGUGGUAAAUCCUAUUAGCCAUUAUUCCAGGGAGGUAACCAAUUCUUUAUGUCUCUUUACACACACAGGAAGCAAUAAUGGCGAGGUGCUACCAGAGUCUCUACCAUCGGCCCCAGGAACCCUGCCUCACUUCCUAAUGGAGCCAGAGGAUUCCUAUAUUAUCAAAAGCAAUCCUAUCCAUCUGCGAUGUAGAGCCAUGCCAGCUAUGCAGAUCUUCUUUAAAUGUAAUGGAGAAUGGGUACAUCAAAAUGAGCAUGUGUCCGAAGAGAGUGUCGAGGAAGCAACAGGUUUAAAAAUCCGUGAGGUCUACAUCAAUGUAACCAGGCAGCAGGUGGAGGAUUUCCAUGGGUCAGAAGAUUAUUGGUGUCAGUGUGUCGCCUGGAGCAACCUGGGAACAUCAAAGAGCAGAAGGGCAUUUGUGCGUAUAGCAUACCUGAGAAAAAAUUUUGAGCAAGAUCCAAAAGGAAAAGAGGUUCUCAUUGAUACUAUGAUUGUCUUGCACUGCAGACCGCCAGAGGGUAUACCCACAGCAGAGGUAGAAUGGCUUAAGAAUGAAGAGCCUAUUGACUCCCUAAUGGAUGAAAACAUUGACACAAGAGCCAGUCACAACUUGAUCAUAAGACAAGCUCGCCUCUCAGAUUCUGGCAACUACACCUGCCUAGCAUCCAAUAUUGUCGCUAAGAGAAGAAGCGCAUCAGCUACAGUUGCUGUUUUUGUGCAUGGAGGUUGGUCUUUUUGGGCAGAAUGGUCACCCUGCAAUGUUCGUUGUGGAAAAGGAUUUCAGAAGCGUUCCAGGACUUGCACCAACCCUGCACCCCUGAACGGUGGCACUUUCUGUGAUGGUCCAUCGGUGCAGAAGAUAACUUGUAAUGCUUUGUGUCCUGUGGACGGUAAUUGGGAUGUGUGGAGUGAAUGGUCAGUCUGCAGCCCAGAAUGUGAGCAACAGCGUGAUAGGAAGUGCACUGCUCCUGCUCCAACUAACGAUGGGAAACCAUGUGAAGGGCUCAGCCUGGAGUCAGAAAACUGCACCGAGGGAUUGUGCAUCCAAGAGAAAAAACCUCUUCAUGAAAUUAGACCACAAAGUGCUGAGAAUGCUAGUGACAUUGCCCUGUACUCUGGUCUGGGAGCAGCCAUCAUCGCUGUUGCUGUGCUGGUGGUAGGAAUUACUUUGUACAGAAGGAGCCAGAGCGAGUAUGGCGUGGAUGUUAUUGAUUCGUCUGCCUUGACAGGAGGCUUUCAGACCUUCAAUUUCAAAACUGUCCGACAAGGUAACUCUCUUCUUCUGAAUUCGUCUCUCCAGCCUGAUCUAACAGUGAGCAGAACCUAUAGUGGCCCAAUCUGCUUUCAAGAUCCAAUGGACAAAGAGCUGAUAACAGAGUCUUCAAUAUUUAACCCUCUUACAGACAUCAAGGUGAAAGUUCAGAGUUCCUUCAUGGUGUCUCUGGGAGUAACUGAAAGGCCUGAUUUCCAUGGAAAGACAAUUUCUGGGUCAUUUCCUCAUGGUAAUAACAGGUGUUUUGGGACAUUGCAUAGCAGGAACAAACUGCCCUACAUCCAGAAUCUCUCAUCUAUUUCAUCCAAGCCAGAAAUGAGAGCCAGUGGACAUUUUGGCCAUCAAGGAGGACGCUUAGUAGUGCCAAAUACAGGGGUGAGCCUGUUGAUCCCGCACAAAGCUAUAGCAGAAGACAACUCAUGGGAAAUCUUUCUCACAGUCAAUCAAGGGGAACCAAGCUUGCCGUUGGAAGGAGCAGAGGUUCUUCUGGGACCUGAGGUGACUUGUGGACCACUUGAUAUCACCUUGUCCACUCCCUUGGCCUUGACAAUUCCACACUGUGCUGAGGUCAGCUGCGAACACUGGAAUAUCCGUUUGAAAAGAAGAUCCCAACAGGGAAAAUGGGAGGAAAUCAUGUCCACAGAUGAUGAAACAACGUCCUUUUAUUGCCUUUUGGACCCAUGUUCCUGCCAUAUUCUAUUGGACAGCUUUGGGACGUAUGCUUUGGUUGGGGAACCACUGACAGAUUGUGCAGUGAAAGAACUCAAGGUGGCUGUUUUUGGCUGCAUGUCCUGCAACUCUUUGGAUUACAACCUUAGGGUUUACUGCAUAGACAACACUCCUUGUGCAUUCCAGGAAGUUCUUUUAAAUGAGAGACAUCAAGGUGGACAAUUGCUGGAAGAACCAAAGUUGCUUCAUUUCAAGGGGAACACCUUCAGCAUUCAAAUUUCUGUUCUUGAUAUCCCUCCUUUCCUCUGGAGGAUAAAGCCUUUUACUGCAUGUCAGGAGGUCCCCUUCUCCCGUGUUUGGUGCAGUAACCAGCAACCACUGCACUGUGCCUUUUCUCUGGAGCGCUACACGCCUGCUACAACUCAGCUAUCUUGCAAGAUCUGCGUACGGCAGGUAAAAGGACAUGAGUUGAUUCUUCAGGUCCAAACAUCUAUUCUAGAGAAUGAACGAGAAACCAUAGCUUUCUUUGCUCCGGAGGACAACAAUUUCCCGGCACAUGCUGGUCCAAAAGCCUUCAAAAUCCCGCACUCCAUCAGGCAGAGGAUAUGUGCAACGUUUGACACACCCAACUCCAAAGGAAAAGACUGGCAACUGUUAGCACAGAAAUUAUCUAUAAACAGGAAUUUGAGCUACUUUGCUACUAAAAACAGUCCAUCUGCUGUCAUUCUGGACCUGUGGGAAGCUCGAUACCCCUAUGAUGGAAACCUGGAUUCACUGGCCUGUGCACUGGAGGAAAUUGGAAGGACACAAAACAAACUAUCACUAGUCACAGAGACUCAUGCAGAGGAUCCAGAUUUCAGUUACAGUCGACAAAACGGCCUUUGAGAACUCACAUGCACCAUGGCUUGUUGAAGCUGGUGUUUAAAUAUGGAUUUUAACCCUUCUCAGAGGGUACUGAGGGACAGGAGUUUAUGAGGCAAUGCCAUUUACACGUUCCCCACGUCAGAGAACAGAGAAGGCCUUAUCAGUUUUAAAGCCAAAUGAUCUCAAGAUGCUUUGCUUUUUGAAUGAACUAUAUGACAUUCAUUAAAGGAACCUUACUCGUGCAAAAAGGUUUUCAAAAAAAGCCAUUAGAAAUAGGGGGAGUUUAGAAGUAGAUAUUUCAGAAGAAUCGAAUGAGGUCUUGUCGUUAUAGAAGACAUAUAAAUUGAACAUGGUCUUUUAUUAAUCAGCUGAAGGUCAGGGAUGAAAACAACAUAAUUACUGUAAAAAAAACUCAUGGUACACUGUAUAGAUCCUUCUAUAGCCCCCUUCUAUGUACAGCUUCCCCAAGCUGCUUUGCCUUAGAGAAUGUAGAAUGCAGUAGCUUACACCUGAGAGAAUACCAGGCAUUUCUAUCUUGUGUGGUCUCUACAACAUGUUGAUUGACUCAAGCUGUCAUAAAAAGUUAGUGAACUCAGUGUGCUAGAAUGAGUGAGCGGUAUAACUUUUUCCACUAGGGUAUCUACUAGCCUAUCUUUCUUGUAGACCUUAUAAUGAUCAUUUAAUUCAACAUAUCUAUGAGUAAGUCAGAAAAGUCUGUUGAAUGAGUAAAACUCUUGAACAUUGGUUCUCCACCUGUGAACCCAGAAAACAUUUUUGUUGUUGGAACAGACCAGGAGUCUGUGUAAAAGAAAUCCUUACCAGUUUCAAUACAAUAUUUUUUAGAAAUGUAUAUUUUCUAUGGUCCAUUACCACAAUGGAUUCUUGAAGUUUGCUUCAAAAAAUUUAAUUGAUCUAUUUUUACUGCCUAUUUGAGGGUUAUCUGAUCUUCUCCUCCAACAUCUUUGCAGAAGUAUAGCACCAAUAGUUUUCAUGCAUAGGUGACAUUUUGUUGGCAGACGAUGGUGACUAAAAAAGCAGAUAACUACCAUCAUGGUAAAUGCUGAGUAUGCAACAUUAUGGGAUUUCUGCCCCCCUUUCUUUAAAAAAUAAACAGAGGCAAUUUUUGGUCAUAAUUACACACUGCUGCUGAUGCAUGUUGCAAUUAUUGUAACCAGAGAUGCAAAAAUACCACUUGUAGUAUAAGCUUUUCUAUUGUUUGAAAUGGUCAUACAUUUACUAAAGAGAUCAGGUACAACGAUUCAUGUAUAAAUGUAUUGUAAUUUAUUUUCACUUUGGUUUGUGGCACCACUGUGUGAGUGCAAAUAAUUGCUACUUGGAAGGGUACAAGGGAAAGUGAAUACAAUUUAAAACUUUCAGCAAGUUUCUGAAUGACAGUUCAUGACCUAUUCUCAUUCAGCUAAGCUUUAGAGAAUCAGCUUGACGGAAGGAAUACCUUAUCCAACUCAAACUGCAAGGAUGAGUAUGAAAUGCAUUGUGGUGGUUUUAUAUCUUGCAACUACUUUGGGGAAGAAAUCAUUUAAAAAAUGGAAUUGAGAGUGCUAAGCUUUCUAUGGCACUGUAGAAGACACAAAUAAAGUUUCUUCAUAAAAGCUA